UCACUAUUCUCCUCAAACCCCGAAUCACACCUACCCCUUCUUCCACUCAACUCCUUCGAUAAAUUCAUUCUCAAAUUACAAUUUCAAAACAAACCCAUUCUUCUAAACAUUAAUUAACUCAACAAAGUAUCAAAGAACUCUCUAAUGGCGGAAGAGAGAGAAAAUGAGAAUAAAAAUGGAGAUACAACAAGAAUAUCAGUAGGAUACGCAUUACCACCCAAGAAAGUUGACAGCAUCUUAAACCCAUCUUUGCUAACUUACGCUAAAUCCCAUGCUGUUGAUUUCAUCCCUAUUGAUGUUAAUCAACCAUUGAUUCAUCAAGGUCCAUUUGAUUGUGUUCUUCACAAGAUUUACGAUGAUGAUUGGAGUAAUCAAUUGCUUGAUUUCGCUUCGAAGAACCCUAGUAUUCCGAUUAUUGAUUCUCCUACCGCAAUUCAGCGUCUUCAUGAUCGGAUUUCGAUGCUUGAAGCCGUCGAAAAUCUUGUUAUUCCGUCGUCUACGGAGGAGACGGCGGCGAUGGUGCCGAGUGUGGGGAUUCCGAAGCAGGUUUUGUUGAGGGAUGAAGAUGAGAUUGAGAAUCUGGGUUUGAAAUUUCCGGUGAUUGCGAAACCAUUGGUUGCGAAUGGAAGCAUUAAAUCUCAUCAAAUGUCGCUGGUUUUUAAUUCGAAUGGAUUGAAGAAGUUGAAGAAUCAAACCCCAAUUGUUCUUCAGGAGUUUGUUAAUCACGGGGGAGUUUUGUUUAAGGUUUAUGUUGCUGGGAAGAAUGUUAGGUGUGUUCAAAGGAAAUCACUUCCAGAUUUUGAUGUAACAGUUGAUCAUUUUGAGGAUGUAAUGCCGUUUUCGCAGAUUUCGAAUUUGCCAACUUCUGAAAAGCAGCAGUUGGUUGAUAAUGUUGCUAUGCCUCCAAUGGAGUUUGUCAAUGGAUUGGCUAGUGCGUUGAGGGAGGGUGCACAGCUUAAUCUGUUUAAUUUUGAUCUGAUUCGAGACGGGUCUGAAUCGAGUGGUGUUAAGUACUUGAUCAUUGAUAUUAAUUAUUUCCCGGGUUAUGCUAAGUUGCCGGAGUUUGAAGCUAUGUUGACUGAUUUCUUUUUGGAUGUUGUUAGCAGUAGUCGGUCUGGUGUCGAAAAGGCUUGAGAUGGUACUGCUGUAUGAUGAAAUGAUGCUGUAACAUUGUUCUGCAUUCCAAUGUCUAGCAUGUUACUUGUUCAAUUUUGCUUAAUCACAUAAAUGAAAUGCAUUGUGUUUUUGUCCU